AUGGAUUGGGCAAUCAGAGCAGCUAGGAAGAAAACCCAAAGAAAACCAGGGUCGACUCGUUCAAUCAUAGAAACCCUCGAUGACCUAAAUAAUAUAACAACGGAUGCACAUAUAGGAAUCAAUCAUCGAUUACAUGAGAGUAAUGAGUGGUUGAAAAAGAGUGUAUAUAUGAGCAAGGUCAAGCCUGAAGGGAAAAAAAUGGAAGAAUGCUUAAUGAGCCCUGAAAACACGCAUAACAGAAUGAAUGUACAAUUUGAAGUAGAACAGGAUUAUGACCUUUCUGUUUCACGUAAUAAUUCCUCAAAAGAUGUAACCAACACACCCAGAAAUAUUUUACAUAACGACAAAAGCAUAACACCCAAAUCACUCCGGAGAAAGGAAAUCACGGAUGAAAUGAAUAAGUUCAGUAUCCAUGAUACUCAUAAAAGUCCAAUUGAGCCUUUAAAUAUCGUUAAAACAAGUGUUAAUGAGAACGAUAAAUCUUCGCCAUGGUCACCCUAUAAAGUAGAAAAGGUUCUAAGGGAAUCAUCCAAGGCAUCGGAAUCGCCACUAAAUUUGAAAAGGUCCGAUAAUCAGGCUUGGGCGGCUAAAGAAGAGGUAGGGAAUGAAGCUAUAUCCUGCGUUUCAAAGAAGGUUGAUCCACCAAAAGCGAGACCGCCACCAACUUCUGAGACAGUAAGAUCACAAAGAAGAUCUAAUAUGUUUAUUCCACUGCCGAACAAAGAUCCUCUUAUUGUUCAACACAUUCCCCCAAUAAAAUCUUCAGGAUCAAUAACAAAACUUAGAAUAGCGAGGAAGUCGCCCUCUGUAUUGAAGAAGAAAUCAGGGAUGAAUAGUCCUAUUGCGAAAGCUAUGGAGAUUAAUGAUACAGCGGAAUCUACAAAGGCAUCUAGCGUUUUUGACAGACUGUCAUCUAUACCAACGAAAUCGUUUGAAAAAAAGAUAUCUCGUGGAAAUGCUAAAUACUCUUCUUCAUCAAUAGAUUUAUCAGGCUCUCCCAUGAGAAAGGUUUCCCAAAACUUCAAGCCAGCCAACUCUACUGACACUGACAUGCAGGAGGCACUGAGGGAUAUCUUUUCAGUAAAGGAGAAGAUUAGUAAAAACAAGUCACCCAAGGCAAAAAAUUCUCGAAAAUCCUCUAUUCCGAGAUUUGAUAAAAAUUCUUUAAAAUCAGCAACACACAAAAAGCUGGCCAUCAUUGUAGAACAGAAAAAAAAGCAUAGUAGCACUUACCAAACUGACUCAAAACCGUCUAGUACGUCACCAAUGAAAAUAACUAUCAAUUCAAACUCACCAUCCAGAGAUAUUAAGAACCGUUAUCAAAGCCCCGUGAGGGGUUACUUGAGACCAACUAAAGCAUCUAUCUCGCCGAAUAAGAAUAAAACUACAGCGAGUGCUCAAUCGCCACAUCACUUAAGGGCUAACGAGAAAUUUUUAAAAAAAUUGUCACCCAAUAUCGCAGAUGUUUCUAAGCCGGAGUCACGUAAGUCCAAGAAUUACAGACUUACAAACCUGCAAUUGCUUCCACCAGCGGAGGCAGAAAGGGGUGAUUUGAAGAAAAAAUUUGAUAAAAGGUUGUCAGGGAUUAUGAGAUCUCAACAAGAACAUUAUCGACGUAAGCAAGAAAAGCAAAAAAGGAUGUCACAUUUGGAACAAGACUUGAAAAAACAAACAAGUUUCAGCAAUGAUCACAAAGAAGCUCGUCUAAAUGAAUCAUUGGCGCCAUUUAAUGGUCAUGUGCGGAAUACCAAUAACAAAAACACUGGGUUUAGCACUGAAAAUAUCCUUGCCACAAUCAAUACAGUCGAUCAUCGAGAAGUAAUCGGCAAUGUGGCCCCAAAACUGGCCUCUAUCAAUGAUUCUUUACCCGAGAUAAAUACGGACUCAGAAGAUGAGGCUAGUGUAACCUUAGCAGCAUGGGCAAAAUCACCAUAUCUACAAGAGCAGUUAAUAAGACAGCAAGAUAUCAAUCCUCAAACUAUCUUUGGACCCAGUCCACCCUUACACACUGAUGAAAUUUUUCCGAAUCCAAGACUAAACAGGUUGAAACCACGUCCAAUAGCGCCCAAAAGGCCUUGA